GAGAAACGGCGAGUGCUUUUCAGGCAAAUGUAGUUCAGAGAAACACCGAUAGCGUAAAGCAGUGGGUUAAAGCAGGGGGGAAGAGAGCAGCAGCGACUAUCCCCAGCCUUUGAGUGAUUUUUUUUUCCUUUUUAUUUGUAUAGUUGCUCCUUUGAUUCCAACAACACCACCCCCCCACCCCCCAACUCUGUCUCUGCCAGCGUGUCCGCUGGAGGAUGAUUCCCGCCGGCUGUCUCUUUCUCUGGGCUACCUUGCUCAUCCUGGGCUCCCCGAGCAUUCACACCGCCAGAUCCAAAAUCAACUCCAUCAAAUCUCCGGCGAGCGAGCAAGCCGCUGACCAGAUCCCCCCGGUCAACCGGUCUGUCGGCUUGCAGCCCGGCAAGCUCAGUAAGAAGAACCCCAUCGCUAACCAGAAUCUGGCAUGCAGCAGUGAUAAAGAGUGUGGACCCAGUGGGUAUUGUCACCAUUCGCACCAUCAAGGCCACCCGUCCUGCCUAUCCUGCAGGAGAAGGAAGAAACGAUGCCAUAGAGACUCGAUGUGCUGCCCUGGAAACUACUGCAAUAACGGUAUCUGUGUACCACUUCUCGACGGCACCAGUCACAGAACCCUCCCUGGGGACAUACAAGAGCACACCAAGAAGGGAACCCACCAUGGAUCCAAGGGCACGUAUUGGCAGAUUGUGGGAAACACACAGGCGAAACCAUCACGUGAGAAAGGUCAUGAAGGGGACUCGUGUUUGCGCUCGUCAGACUGCGCAGAAGGAUUCUGCUGCGCUCGCCACUUUUGGACCAAGAUCUGUAAACCAGUCCUACGCCAAGGGGAAGUAUGCACAAAGCAGAAAAGGAAGGGUUCGCAUGGUUUGGAGCUUUUCCAGCGCUGUGACUGUGCGAAAGGACUUGCCUGUAAAAUCUGGAAAGAGGCCAAAUCAAGGUUGCACAUCUGCCAGAAAAUAUGAGUAUGUUGGGAUUCCACUGCGGCCCUGAGACUGUGAAGCAAGGUGCUUUUGUAGGAGCACAUUGUGUAAAUAAUACAGGAUUUGUUAAAGUGCCAUUUCUCUCGCAAGAGUUCAUUCAUGCUUAUUGUAAAAGAACACAGAGGACCAGGUCUGAAGACCACAGCACAUCCAUUCUGACCAUUAUAUAAUAGUCCACCACGUCCAAAUUAAUUGAAGACCGUCAGUAACCUUUGUGGGGAGUGUUGAGCUGUAGCCUUUGAUUUACUAUUCAGUUUAUAAAACGUAUGAAAAAACAUAAUACUCAGGAUGUAAGCAUUGCAGAAAAGAUGGGCAUUUAUUGCUCCUCCCUAGUUGCCCCUUGAGCUGAUGGUAGUUUUGAACUGCUUCAGUCAGUGGUGAAGGUGCUCUCACUGUUGAGGCAGUUUCAGGUUUUCAGUCCAUAUAAUUAUAACACAAAGAAAGUCUCUGCAAAUGUCUUUCUGUGCUCUUGGCUUGUUGGUUCUGCACUGCCAUUUUGAACGAUUUCUUCUCGUGGCCAAUACAAGGCCAUAUACAUUGACCUUCACAAGGCCUCCCUCAGACGGAGUUGUUCAGCCUUCUUCUGUAACCAUUGUAGUCCCUUUGAUCUGUACCACAAAUUUAAUUUUUCCAGGAAACUGGAGAAGAUCAGUCAUUCAUCAAUGGUGUUGCCCCAAAAUGGUGUUCAUUUCAACUGUAUGAUCCCAUUUAGCAGAUUCACACAUUUGAUAACAUUACGCAGUAAUACGCUCUGCUUAUAAUUCAGUGAUUGGCCUACAACAAUGGCUGUGUAUAUACCAAUCCAUGAAAAUGUAACUUAAUUUAUAACUGACAAACUCAGACGUGAGGAAUGUGGGAAGAGGAGUAGACGUUUCGGCCCCUUCGCCUCCUUUGCCAUUUAAUCAGAUCAUGGCUGCCAUGUACCUCAGUGGGCUAACCAUUUCUGUGUAAUAGCCUGGGACCCCCCGCAAUCGUUCACUAAAUUUAUUCACAAAUAUCACACCGGAAAGCAAUGAUGCCACAAAUCAAAUACAGUUAGAAGACAGCAUUUGCUAAAUUAGCACAAUUGGGAAUAAAUAUUAAUGUAUUAUUAGUAUAAUGCAAAUCAAGAUGUGAAAAGGCCCAUUUAAAUUAAUCACUAACUACAUGGUAGAAGUUAUUUAAGGGAACAAUGAACUAGUCAUAUUGACUGAAAUGGCCUAAUGGACCUGUUAAUCAAUUUUUUUUCAGCCUAUCAUGCAAGUCUUUAUUUCUCUUCCAUGAUGUUUAAAAUAAUGAAUAUAUUUUGAAAAACAAAAAAAAUGCAAGUCAUUGUGGUCAAUGUGAAGGGUAUAGGUGACAAAUUUUAAUUUCUGUCUUGGUAAAUCUGUCAUUACUUUAUAUUGUACAGAUUUAUGUAAAACAGGUCAAAACCAAUUAAUAGCGGGAAGAAGAUGGUGACAGACUCAGAACGGAUAAAUAGAUUGGUACAACAGGCAAAAGUUUAAGUAAGUUUAAUGCAGUGAAGUAAUUUAUUCUGGAAGAUUGAGCAGAAGUGUUAAGAGAUCUAGAGGGUCACAGACACAGAUUCGUUGAAUAUGGCUGAAUAAUUUGAAAAGGCUGUUAAAAUAAAAUGGGAUCCUUGGCUUUAUAAAUAGAGCCACAGAGUGCAAAGAAAGGAAGUUACGGUAAAGUUUUGAGAAAACACUAGUUUGACUUCCACUGGAGAAUUGUGUCCCAUUCUGGGCAACAUAAUUUCAUGGGGAUUUCGAAACCUUGGAAAGGGUGCAGAGGACAUUGAGAAAAAUGGUCCCAGUAAUAAGCAACUUCAGUUAUGUAGAGACAUUAGUCACACUGUAAUACAAACAUAAGAACAUAAGAAAUAGGAGCAGGAGUCGGCCAUCUGGCCCAUCAAGACUGCUCCACCAUUCAAUAAGAUCAUGGCUGAUCUUUUCAUGGC